AUGAUGGAUACCAUGGAUGGCACUCUAUCUCAGACGGUUACCUAUUGGUUUAUGCCACCUCCGCUUGCCAAGGUCCCUUCUGAUACCUACAAGAGGAUCGAUGAGACAGGCGGCGAGCUAGGAAGCAAGGUUCAUACAUCAAAGAAAUUUGAGGAUGAUGUCAAAUCGCAAAGACUUCACAGUACUGGUGGUCAAGAUAUUCAUAGUACUGGUGGAACGCCUACUGGAGGAGAUAGUGGCCUUCGCAACAAGCUGAUAAUGGCCGCUUCCCUGCUCCUAUUCUCGUACCUAGUCUAUCGCUUUUAUGGGCAGUCUCAAACUCCUAACAAAGUAGCGCGUGAUGCAGAUUUCGGUGUAAGGAAGGAGAGGCCGGAUCCAGUUCACGACAAAGUAAUUCAUGAGUCAGUGGACAGGGAUGAUCCCCGAAAUAAGGGCAAAGUAACCGUAACCAACUAUGGUGUCCACCCGACAUCAAAAAGCGACAGGGCAGAGGAAACUGCCUCCAAGUUACUACACGGUAGUCCACCGGGCUCGACAAAACAGUAAUAACAGAAUACUUGGCCCAGUAGUGUUAAGUGAAAAAAGGCUGUAGAAAUCAGUAUGGUAUCAUUAUCUGUCUAGCCGUAGCUACUCUCGUUUUCUCCUA